CGUGUUGGCAAAAUGCAGUCACACUCCUUCCGCAACCUUCCUUAAAAAAAUAAGUGUAAAAAAUGGCAUAAAACGCAGUUUUCACUUGUAAAUAUCCUAUUGUUUUAAGUGGUUUGAUUGCCUAAAAGCUACGGACACCGCAAAGUGUUCGAAUACAGAUUUCGCCUGCAGCUGGAGAUAAGAAAAUAGCUGGGGGAAAAUGGCGGACCCCUUGAGCCUCUUGCGGCAGUACAACAUAAACAAAAAGGAAAUCAUCGAACGUGAAAAUCAAAUCAUAUUCGGUGAAUUCUCCUGGCCCAAGAGCGUGAAAACAAACUACCUCAAAUAUGGUUCGGGAAAGAAGGGCGCUCCACGUGAAUACUACACGUUGGAGUGCCUACUGUAUUUGCUGAAAAAUGUUAUGCUCCAGCACUCGGUGUAUGUGCGUCAGUGUGCCGCCGAGGAUAUACCCGCUGUGAAUCGUCCGGAUCGUAAGGAGCUCCUGGCCUACCUCAAUGGCGAGACGCCCACAUGUGCCAGCAUCGACAAGAGUGCUCCUUUGGAGAUACCCACGCAGGUGAAGCGGACGGCGGAUGGCGAGGCCACCAGCGGCGAGACGGCAGCCAAGAAGGCGCGCUUCGAGGAGACGCAAGUGCAGAAGGUGCGCGAGCAGCUGGCCGCCCGUUGGGAUGUCAGUCAAAAGGAGACGGCCGUCAAUAUGGACAACAUCAAGUCGCUGUCGGAGACGAUGUCCGUGGAGAAGAUUGCCGCCAUUAAGGCCAAGCGUUUGGCCAACAAAAGGACCACCAUCAAGCGGACGGACAACGACGAGGCCAUGGGCACAGAUCUGCGUGCCAUACUCGACUACGAUGUGGACUCGACCAAGGAUAUCAUAAGCAGGGAAAGGCAAUGGCGCACACGCACCUCCAUUCUGCAGAGCACGGGCAAAGUGUUUGCCAAAAACAUAUUCGCCAUGCUGCAGGGCAUCAAGGCACGCGAGGAGGGACGCAAUCGUCCGCAGGUGCCGAAUCCCAUCAAGAUGCCGGAGCCUGCUAGGAUAUCCAAGCCACAGCCGCAGCUCUCCCAAUACAAUCGUUACGAUCAGGAGCGCUUCAACAGGCAGAAGGAGGAGACCGAGGGCUUCAAAAUCGACACACUGGGUACCUAUCAUGGCAUGUCGCUCAAAUCCGUGACGGAGGGCUCUCUGGCGCAGCGCAAGGCACAGGGCGGACCGGGCAUGCCCGGUGCCGGACCAGCAGGAGCGUCGGCCGCAGCCCUCAAUCGGCCAAAGGAACUGCUGCCCACAGCACAGGCGAGGCAGCUGCCGGCCAAUGGGCCACAGAAGCGACCAUCGCGCACACCCAUCAUCAUUAUACCUGCGGCCAACACCAGCCUUAUAACCAUGCUCAAUGUGAAGGAUAUACUGCAGGAGCUGCGCUACAUGUCCAACGCGGACAAGAAAUUGCAGGGCUGCCCGCGUGAUAGCGAGGUUCUGCUGCAGCGCAAACGAAACAAUCAGACCGUGUCGUAUCGCGUGAUUGAUAAUCCCAUCAAGCUAUCGCAACAGGACUGGCAGCGUGUGGUGGCUGUUUUUGUGAUGGGUCCGCAGUGGCAGUUCAAAGGCUGGCCCUGGGAUGGCAAUCCCGUGGAGAUAUUCUCAAAGAUUUGCGCCUUUCACUUGUGCUUUAGCGAGCUGAAACUGGACGCCAAUGUAGAGCGUUGGUCGGUAACGCUGCUGCGUCUAUCCCAAAACAAAAGGCAUCUGGAUCGUGCGGUGCUCAGCAAAUUCUGGGAAACACUUGACAAAUAUAUGGCCAAGUAUAAGCCCGAUUUGAGGUUCUAGACUCCAAUAUAACUAUUCUGCUUAGUAAUCUUCACUGCAAUGAUACGAGUACGUAGAUUUAGAUCUUUGAGACCGCCCCUCCCCUACCCCGCUGAGACUCCGUCACUCUUUUUGUAAUAAACAAUUGCACUUUUUACACUCAUAUUUAGACAGAAACGCCAGCAUAUGGUGUAUACACCAUGGCUCUCUCUCUCUCUCUUUUUUGUUUGCUUCCUUUAGAAGUACCAGGAGUGGAAUUACGACACGUUGAUAGACCAUGCGGACCCUUAGAAGUUAAGCCACCAAAUUUUGUUGUUCGACUUGUAAAAUGUGAGCAAAAAGCAGCAGAAUUCAAGCAAAUUGUAUACAUAAUUUAGUGAUAAUAAAAAGUUAUAAGAAAUGCGAA